UCCUGGAGCCCUGAAAGCUGUGAGUUUGAGCAUUAUAUUCACCACACUCUUGCUUCUGUACUUUCACUCAGAUUGUUGGAGUCGACUUGUUGGGUAUCUUUGUCGUUCAAUGUUUUAGUCCUGCUGCUGUUGACUCCAAAUAAUUUGGAUUUUACCCUAAGUCUCUAAGGUGGAAAUCUUUGAGUACCUUGAUUUGCCUCAAAUCUGAUGCUGUUUGAGGAGUAAUGCAGACAAUCUGCUUCAUGUUAAUGUUGUUGGGAGUAGUUGCAGCAUCAGGGCAGUCAGACUUCGAAGCACUCCUGGAGCUCAAAAGAGGCAUUCAGAAAGACCCUUCUGGCCAGGUUCUUGUUUCAUGGAAUUCCAAGUCCUUGGCUUCUGAUGGAUGCCCUAUCAAUUGGUUUGGGAUAAUCUGUAGUGAUGGCCUUGUUACAUCCAUUUCUAUUAACGACGUUGGUCUUGUUGGCGAGUUCAGUUUUUCGGCCAUUGCUGGCCUUAAAGUGCUGCGCAAUUUAUCCCUUGCAAACAACCAGCUCACGGGGACUGUCUCCGAGGUUGCUCUGAUUCAUUCUCUAGUGCAUUUAGAUCUCUCAGGAAAUUUAUUUCACGGGUUAAUUCCGUCCGGCUUAGCUAACUUGAAGCAUUUAGCGGUUCUAAAUCUGUCUUCAAACCAAUUUGAAGGCAUUUUUCCCUCUGGUUUUGGGAAACUUGAACAGCUGAGGUACAUUGACGUUCGAGCUAAUGCCUUGUCAGGGGAUAUCAUGACUGUUCUAUCUCAAAUGGGUAGCGUGGUCCAUGUUGAUCUAAGCAGCAACUUGUUCUCUGGUUCGUUGGAUUUGGAAAUUGGUAACUCCUCUUUUGUUUCUUCAGUUCAAUAUUUGAAUGUGAGUCACAACUCCUUGGCCGGAGAGCUUUUUCCCCAUGAUGGAAUGCCGUAUUUUGAUAGUCUGGAGGUGUUUGAUGCUAGUCAUAAUCAUUUAGUUGGUCAUAUACCUUCCUUCAAUUUUGUUGUCUCUCUCCGGAUACUUCAGCUCGGAAGCAAUCAGCUAUCAGGUUCUCUACCAGAAGCUCUGUUGCAAGGCACCUCAAUGCUCUUGUCCGAAUUGGAUCUUAGUCUCAAUCAUCUUGAAGGUCCAGUAGGAAGCAUAACCUCUGCAACUCUGAAGAAGGUGAAUAUAUCUUCAAAUAAAUUAUCAGGGUCCUUGCCGGCCAAUGUUGGGCAUUGUGCCAUCCUAGACUUGAGUAAUAAUAUGCUUACUGGUAACCUGUCCCGAAUCCAUAGUUGGGGAAAUUACAUGGAAGUUAUGCAGCUGAGUUCUAAUUCUUUGAUAGGAAGCUUGCCUGCCGAAACAUCCCAAUUUUUAAGGCUAACUUCUUUUCAGAUAUCCAAUAACUCAUUAGAAGGUGCUCUUACAUCAGUAUUGGGUACAUACCCAGAACUAAAAGUGAUAGAUCUUAGCUUCAACCGGCUACAAGGUUCUCUCCUUCCAAGCCUUUUCUCUUCAACAAAAUUGACUGAUCUAAACUUGUCAGGCAACAAUUUUUCUGGUUCUAUACCUAUCCAGGAAGUUACAAUUGGUUCUGCUCAAAAUUUGAGCCUGGUGUCCCUUGAUCUGUCAAAUAAUUCAUUGAGUGGUCAUUUGCCCCAAGAACUCACCAAGUUUCGUAGCUUAGAAUAUCUAAAACUGUCCAUUAACAAUUUUGAAGGUAGUAUUCCUGAGAAGCUUCCAGAAGAACUGAAAGAAUUCAACGUCUCAUUGAAUAAUCUUUCUGGUCUUGUACCUGAAAAUUUAAGGCAUUUCCCUGAUUCAGCAUUUUAUCCAGGGAAUUCCUUGCUGGUAUUUCCUCAUUCCAUAUCAUCACCAAACAAUGUCCCAGAUAUGAUUUCAAGAAGUCACAGGUCUCCUAUAAAAGCUGCUAUUAGAAUUGCACUGAUUGUAGGUUUGCUUGGUGGGGGAGCUAUUGUAGCCUUUUCAUGCGUGAUGAUCUAUUAUAGAGCCAACUGUCAAGGAUGUAUAAAGAGCAGUCGAAAAGCAAGUCGUGAAAAGAAUGGUGUUGCACCAGACAAAGCUGAAGACUCAAAAUCUUCAUACGGUUUGCAUCAAGAGCCUUCCCCAUCAUCUGCUAAGGAGUCUACUCAUGAUGCCAGUGAUACUUCAUCAGGUAUCGAGAAGUCUAAAAGAUUGAGUCAUCCUGAAACAGAAAAGCUAGAGGAAGGGGUAUUUUCUCCCACAUCUCUCUUAUCGCCUUCAAACCCAUCACCUUCCAAAAGGCAACAACCAUUCAGUAGUUCUGCUGUUCUCAACACUUGUUCCCCAGAUAAAUUGGCUGGUGAUUUACAUCUGUUUGAUGGCUCCUUGGCUUUCACAGCAGAAGAGCUUUCAUGUGCUCCAGCAGAAGCUAUUGGAAGAAGUUGUCAUGGAACAAUGUACAAAGCAAUGCUUGAGUCGGGUCAUGUAAUUGCUGUCAAAUGGUUAAGGGAGGGAAUAGCAAAAGGAAGGAAAGAUUUUGCUAGAGAAGUAAAGAAACUGGGGAGCAUCCGACAUCCAAAUCUAGUUUCUUUGCAGGGUUACUAUUGGGGCCCAAAGGAGCAUGAGAAACUUAUUAUAUCAAAUUAUAUCAAUGCUGAAUCUUUGGCCUUAUAUCUCCAUGAAGUCGAGCAUAGGCAACUCUCCCCAUUGUCUCUUGAGGAACGGCUCAAAGUUUCUAUAGAUGUUGCCAGAUGUCUGAACUACCUCCAUAACGAGAAGGCGAUUCCCCAUGGCAACCUAAAAUCUACAAAUAUUCUACUAGAAGCUCCCAACCACAAUGCAUACCUUACAGAUUAUAGUAUCCACCGAAUAUUGACUCCAGCUGGAACCACUGAACAAGUUCUGAACGCAGGUGCUCUUGGCUAUCGGCCCCCUGAAUUUGCUAAUUCAAGUAGACCCUGCCCCUCAUUGAAGAGUGAUGUCUAUGCAUUUGGAGUAAUCAUGUUGGAACUCCUGACGGGAAAGAGUUCUGGGGAGAUUGUUUCUGGCAUACCAGGUGUGGUUGAUCUGACAGAUUGGGUGAGAUUCUUGGUAGAAGGAAACCGUUCUUUUGAAUGCCUUGACAGACUGAUAUUGGAAAAUCACAGUUCUAAGUACUCGCCUAGAGUUCUUGAUGGUUUGCUGCAGGUGGCUUUAAGAUGUACCCUUCCAGCAUCAGAGAGACCAGACAUUAAAACUGUUUUUGAAGACCUUUCGAGAAUAGUGUACUAAAGGGCGCGCUCAGGUAGAAACUUUUUCUUUAGCACUAACACCAUACAUCAAUUCUUCUGCUUUUCUUUUACGUCUAAUUAUUUUUUUGAAUUUCUUCUAUGAUUGUCUGAUUAUAUCUGCCAAAUGAUAUGCUGUAAUGAUAAAGACGUUAAGGCUACUAUUUUAAGUAAUAAGCUCUUUGUAAAUGAGUGGGGUUAAUCAUUUUCAUUCACCCUGCUCCGUCAUAUGAUUUCAUAUGGGGGAAUCUCUCCCUAA